CAUGGAUUAGAACUGAUAGUCCCUAUCUAUGUCAAAGUAUUUUUCAGCAAGAUAACGCUACCUCCCAUAAAUAUUGGAAAGUUAAAGCUGCUUUUAGCCGAGCUGGUAUUCCUAUUCUACCUUGGCCUGCCCAAAGCCCCGAUUUGAAUCCAAUAGAAAACAUGUGGCAAGAAGUUGAAAGAUGUUUGCAAAAUUCUCCAAAUAAGCCUACAAGUAUUGAUGACUUAGAAAAAAAAGUCAUAACAGCUUGGUAUUCAAUUUCACGCAAAUUUUAUUGUGGAUUAGUGAAUAGUGUAAUUCAUCGA